AUGUCCUCCCCUGCCGCCGAUUUGGCAGCAACCGCCGCCUCAUCGCCAUCGACCUCCGUUGCCGCCUCCCCCACCAUCGACGACAAGCGUCCUUCUGACGCCAUUGCAGACCCCGUUGCCUCCAAGGCGACUGUUAAUUCCUUCCCGGUCUUUGAGGAUUUUCCUCCAGAGGCCGCCACCACCACACCGACCUCUCCUUCCCCUCCUGCGUUCGUCCCCUCCCACCGCCGCCGCCGGUCACGAAGAGUGACUGAGCACGACCUGCGUGCCUUCAAAGGCCUCCCCAAUCGCAAGGUCUUCGACUACGUCGAUCUCGUCAAAUCCCUCCGAACUCCACCAUCCCCUGGAAAACUCCCAGUGGCACCAGCAAUUCAAGUCCCCGUUCCCGGCCCAGCGCGCCUGAAGAGGUCCGCUGGUCCUGAUGAAUGGCUCGAAGCAGCAAAGAACUGCAAAUAUCUCUCAGAAUACCACAUGAAACAACUCUGCGAAAUUGUCAAAGAAUUCAUGAUGGAAGAAUCAAACAUCCAACCAGUCUCAACUCCAGUUACAAUCGCAGGCGAUAUCCAUGGCCAGUUCUACGAUCUUUUGGAGUUGUUUCGAGUUGCUGGAGGCAUGCCGAAUGAAACCGCACCAGAAGCACCCGUCACACCCGCCAACAUCAUCACAUCCGCAGACAUUGAACCUCCGUCGACAAUCACGAACCCCAAGCUCAAGAAGAAGUUAAAACUUGGUGGUUCAGAACAUCCAGAUAGCACGAGUGAGAAGAGUGAGAUCAGUGAUGCAGAAGAAGUGCCUUCUUCACAACAAUCAGAACUCGGAGAUCAAAGAUCGGAAUCUGGCAAUGUCAUCUCCAACAAACAAAAUGCAAACUUUAUCUUCCUCGGAGACUAUGUUGACCGUGGAUACUUCUCCCUUGAAGCCCUCACUCUCCUGCUCUGUCUGAAAGCCAAAUACCCAGAAAAGAUCACGCUCGUUAGGGGUAACCAUGAGUCGAGGCAGAUCACCACCGUCUAUGGAUUUUAUGAAGAGUGUGUUCAAAAAUACGGAAACACAUCAGUCUGGAAAGCUUGUUGUCAAGUUUUCGACUUUAUGACACUUGGCGCAAUUGUGGAUGGCAAAGUACUAUGUGUACAUGGUGGUCUCUCUCCUGAGAUCCGAACCUUGGAUCAAGUCCGUGUUGUCGCUCGAGCUCAAGAAAUUCCUCAUGAAGGAGCAUUCUGUGAUCUGGUUUGGUCAGAUCCGGAGGACGUUGAGACUUGGGCCGUUUCACCACGAGGUGCUGGGUGGCUGUUUGGAGAUCGAGUCAGUCAGGAAUUUUGCCAUGUCAAUGGUCUGAACCUCAUUGCCAGAGCCCAUCAACUGGUUAAUGAGGGAUACAAGUAUCACUUCAAAAGCCAGGAUGUUGUGACGGUCUGGAGUGCGCCCAACUACUGCUACAGAUGUGGCAAUCUUGCUUCUGUCUGUGAAGUUGGAGAAGACAUGAAACCAAACUUCAAGCUAUUUAGUGCUGUGAAAGACGAAUUACGACACGUUCCACCGUCCAGAGGUGGUCGAAAUGAAUAUUUCCUUUAA